ACCGAUGUAGUUUAAUUAAGAGGAAAACUGAGAAAGCCCGCAAGUUCAGUGUUAUCUAUAUAUACCAUAUUUGUAGGUCAGUAAAGAGCCAUGAUUAGACAAGACAAAUUAGGCCUAUAUAAAGGUAAUAGAUUUGGUAAGUUCUUUGUCAAAUUAAGUUAUUUUAUACACAGCGUGUAAAUAGGCUAUUCAAAUGUUUCGGUACCAUAUAAAAGAAUAUUCAUUGAUAUGAAGACUUUCGUUUCUGUGUAUUGUUUUUCAAGAUUCAAAGUUAAAUUUUAAAUAUAAGAUUAUUACAUCCAAUUACAGACCUACUUCAAAACAGCAGGUAAUUUUAGAUGUUUAGGCUGGAACUGGGUCACAGCUUGCCGACAGACUUAAUCACCUACCACACUACCACACAUGAAAACUACUGUAUAUUGGAUUUAGGUAAAACAGACAUAAAUAUAAAAACGAAACUAGAAAGAGAUUUUCUAUUCUUAUGUUAAUCAGGCUUGUUUUCUGAACAUAAUCAAUUAUAAACUAUUAUUACAAUACCUCUAUUCAAUGGAUCUCAUUCACCAAUCGUAAACAAAUAACAUUUAGCCACGUGAUUCUAUAUAUCUUCUAUACAAAUUAUGCAAUCCAUAAAGGCUGUCACGUGAUACGUAUUUUCCAUUGUUUUAUCAAUAUUAUGACGUGGCUAAAUGUGUUUAUUUACGAUUGGUGAAUGGGGUCCAUGUAAUUCAUACCUCUGUGGAAACUAACAGUUGAAUAAUUUGGUUUAACUUUCAAAGGUUAUAGUCACUCCCACUGAAAUGUCCCCAGCCAGUGGAGUCUUCAUACGUAGGGCAAGACCAGAAGACUAUGACGGUGUCAUGGCCAUCGGAUGUAUGUAUAACGGCAGGGAUUACCUUUCCUCCUUAUACCAAAGAGCUGUCAAUGACCCCGAUAUUUAUCCUCUUGUGGCUGAGGUCAAAGGUCAAGUCGUCGGUUUCUACAUGAAUCAUAUUCUAGACGGCGGUCUGUCAGUCAUGAAACGUGCGGCCAGAGUUCAUCCUUCCUUCAGGAAAAUGGGAAUCAUGCACGAGUUAAGUCACGCCCUGGACAGGCAUGUGGCCACUCUAAGGCCUGGACUACAGUACCUGUAUAUAAGUGCAUCAGAUGUAGUAGCUUCAAAAGUAGAAAGUGAAUAUAAAUCCCUGGGUCUGAAGGAAAAUCACCGAAAGCCUUUCAUAUGCCUGGAUUACUACACCAAAGAUCUGAGUGUCUGUGAUGUCACAGACCACAUGCCCUCGGUGACUACUUUAAGCUAUGACGACAUCAAAUUGUUGUUUACUCUCGAAGACGUGCUGGACAAGUUUUUCGACUCGCGAAUCGUUUUUAACAAUUUCGUUGGUUACAGGUGUUUAGAGAGUAACAUUAAACAUUUAUUGGACGAGAAUAAAGAAGUCUGCGUCACUAUUGCGCCAUCAACCAAGACGCCAAACACAGCUGCGUCAUUUGGAGCACGUGACAUAGAUGUGGUGACUUUUUCCGAAUGGUACAAGACCGAGGUUGGCUUGAUAUACGUGGUCAAUAUCUACACAUCGGAGGGAAGCAGUGACCAGUCCAUUCGUGCCCACUUAUGGAGACAUGUGGACUUCUUAAGGAAACUGAAUCUUUGUGACAAAGGCAUUUUUGAGGUAUCUUAUGGACCUAAUGUUUCAGAGGAAAAGGUUCGGUCCUACCUGAAACAAGUCGGCAUAUUCAAACAUUCAACUGUUCCAUUUAAAAUGGAAGUUUUGUUUGAAAGGAAAUUCUAGAGAAAUUUUUGUCAAACUAGUAAAUACAGGACGCAAGAAGAUGAAGAAAUUAUAAUUCAAAAUGGAUCGUAGUCCAAGUCUUAGAAGCAGUUCAGAUUAAAAAAAAACAACUUUGACUGAUUGGUCGUUAUGCUGCUCUAAAUUUACAUAUGAUAUUGGUUUUAUUGCUCGGCCUUGUCUUCACGUGUUAUAAGCAUUAAUAUAUAUUAUUAUGAGUGGGUCAGGUGUGAAUGUACAUUUUGAUUUUGUAUAGUUAUAAUGUUUUGUUUGGUGUUAUGCACAAAUUAUAAGACAAAUUUCUUUACGCACAAUAAAGAUUAUUAUUAUUA